AUGCUUGGCGACGAUGGUCGUUGCGAGCCUCGAGAUCCAGACGAGACCCUGCAGGCACUGCGCGAUCAUCAAGCCCAGCGAUCGUCUCUCCACUUCGAUGCUGAACGCCUUCGCCCUGUUGACGAACCUUUCUGGGCUAAUCUCCCGCACUGCGACAUCUUCUCCUCCAUUAUGCCCGACAUACUGCAUCAGCUCCACAAGGGCGUCUUCAAGGACCACUUACUCUCGUGGUGUACGACCUUGGUCGGAGAGGACGAGAUCGAUCGUCGCUUCCGUGCGAUGGCCGAUUUCCCAGGUCUGCGCCACUUUCGCAACGGCAUCUCGCACGUCUCGCAGUGGACCGGUCGCGAGCAUAAGGAGAUGCAGAGGAUCAUUGUUGGUCUCCUCGCGGGGGCAGUUUCGGCCGAGGUUUUGAUGGUGGUUCGCUCCCUGGUGGACUUCAUCUACUAUGCUCAGCUGCAGUCGCACACUGAUACCACUCUCGCUCACCUGCAAUCCUCGUUGGACACUUUCCAUCGCCACAAAGACGUGUUCGUGCGUCUUGGCAUUCGAGAACACUUCAACAUCCCCAAAGUUCACUUUCUGCUGCACUACAUCGAAGCGAUACGCUCCCAUGGCUCCUGCGACGGGUUCAACACCGAACUCCCUGAGCGUCUGCACAUCGAUUACGCGAAACAGGCUUACCGCGCAAGCAACCGCCGCAACUACCUUGAACAGAUGGUUACGUGGCUGGCUCGGCAGGAGGCGGUCGACCUUCAUACGUCCUACGUUCGCUGGUACCAGAAGCAGGCUAUUAUUCCAGACUGGAGACGCGCAGGCUAUGCCAUUGCGAAGAACUGCCCGCUCCCGGGCACCUCGCUCGAACGGAUUGAGAGCGCGUACGGCGCCACCGAGUUCCUACCCGCCUUCACCGAGUUUGUGCGCACGAACCUGCCAGAAUGUCGUUUCAAGCCUAAUCGCAUGGAUCGUUUCGACGUAUACAAAAAACUCACCAUCGUGUACCGAGCGGCAGCUCACGGCGACAUCGCCUGGCACAAGGACAGGAUUCGGACGGUCCUGGGGAAGGCAUCGAGAGGGACGAAAAAAGGGGUGGCAGCGCACUUCGACACAGCCUUUGUAGUGGACCCGGACGUUCCUAUCGAUCAAAGGGGUGACUCACGGUCUGUCAGCGACACACGCGUUGCGCGCGUCCGAGUGAUCUUCGAUCUCCCACAGCAAUUUGGUUCACUUCCCCAUCCCCUGGCAUAUAUCGAGUGGUACACACCUCUACGAACGAAGGUACCCGAUCCUAGGGUUGGUCUCUACCAGAUUUCGCCUUCGACCCAGCGACGCAGACCUAAUGCAGCAAUUGUGAGAGUGGACCAGAUCAAGCGGGCAUGUCACCUCAUCCCAGGAGUGGCGCGGAGAUAG